AAUUUUGUUCUCUAGCUUUCCAAGCCGCUGUAGAAUAUCAUCCAAAAGGACAGCAAUUGUUCUCUUCAAGUCAGCUAUGAAGAAAAAGAAGCGAAAUAAGGCAUUAGAAGAACAGACAAUAUGGAACGAAAAAAUGAAACCACAUGGACAAAUUAAAUUGCUACAGGUAGGACUACACGAACGAUUUUGGCACGAUCCGACGCGCUGCGACAAAACUCGUGACAAAAAUAAGGUAAGAGAUAGAAUUGUUGCAUGGUGUCGCAACGCUGAUACGAAGCGACACGACUGUUGGAUCUCUUAAUGACCUCUACCCUAUCCAGUAGUUGUGUGACACAUAUAACAGCUGUGAUUACACAGAGCUCAUUAUCUCUUAAUUAAACAAACUCGCCUGAUUACAGAGGCAACAAUGGAAGGUAGAACGGGUAACACAUCAAUGACCUUUUGCGCGUUAAAAUAGAAAAUAUGAAUUAUUUAACUAAAUCCACCCAUGUUUUUGUUUGCAUAAUGAUACAAAAUGUAAUUAAAAGCAUUUUGUCAAUAUACAAUAAUUGAUUUUAAGGCUAUUUGUAAUUGCAUUAGAAAGAAAUAUGUUUAUCCUUUUCUCUUCUUUAGUUCUAUCUCUUGAAACAAUAUAGCAGAGGUAAGUUCUCCUCCAGGUCUUAUAACAGAUACUACUUCCAAGAACCAUUACGUUUGCAAACAGCUGGAAAAGAGAUGAAAUGUUUUCAAUAAAUAUACAAGUAUAUUGGAACUUUGCUUAGAUUUGCAGUUUCUAAACACUAACAAUUUAAUAACUAUAAUAAUUACAUCACUGUAUACAUGAGAAAUACGAAUAGGUUUGCUUUAUAGCUUACCAUAUCCUGCCAUGGAGCCUCCAUUUCCACCAUUCAUUAGAUCUUUGUUCUCCUCAGCCAAAGCUUUGACAUAUCUUCUGCUCAAGUCUAAUAUUUCAUCUCUGAGCUCCUCGCUGCUCUGGUGUCUCGGAUACUGGAACGUGUAGCGCAGCAACAUCAGUCCCCAGACGAAUCCAAAAGCAAGGAGUAAAAUACUCAGUUUCUGUGAGACAGACUUUCUUGAAAACGUUAAAAUCAUGAUUUCAGCAGAUGUCAGGAAUCAGGUGUGUCCCCAGGAUUCACAAAAAGCGGUGACAGUCAAAUCUGUCUGUGCAGAUCAUCCUGGAAAUGACUCUCGUGGUGCCUGAUGCUUAUCUGUAGAUACCUAACAAUAACAGAUCUCUUAUCGGUAGUAUUACAAUUGGUUCUUUCCUAGCAGGUUUGCUGAACGCGGACAUCGUCUGCUAAACACGAAGGAUUAUGAACGAGGUUGAGAAAGGGUGCGAGAUGCCCUCAAAACGUGGCAACGAUUCAUAACUCUGUACAGAUAAGUUAUGAGACGAACUUUAUUACUCACUGCUAUUGUGGAACUGCACAGAACUUUAUACAGAAUGUUAUACAGACAUGCUAUGAAAAUUUGCAUAUAUGCACUGAAUGUGCCAUUGUUUUUUUGUAUCUGAAAUAAAUGCUACAUUUUAUGGAGUGCGACCCAGUUGGAGAUUUGUAUAUUGGGAUUGACUCCCCACAGAUACGGUUAACGCACCAGACACCCAAAGCUACUUGAAUAGUGCAUGAUAUAUGUUGGACUGUUAUAUGUCUCAUUUAAGACCGCAAGUGUGCAAAGUUUACCCAUAAUGCAGUGUAUUUUCCCGCAAACAUAAAUGUGUAAUUUGUGUUAAAAUGACAUCAGCACAGGAUUCUUUAGGUUCAAGUCUAUCUAGACUGAUGCCGGCCACAUUGGAAACCCUGGAAUUACCACCACCUUAAGGUGGCACAAAUUUCUCAUAUGACAAAUACCCUAAAAUUAAAGACACUGUCCUUAGAGGAGGGUAAGAUGGUAAAAAAGAAUAUGCAAAGGCAGAUUCACAUUCAUCAGGCAUUUUGUACCUUCUUGGCAAUAAACCAAUGGUUCUAUAAUAAAA